UAGUUUCUGAAAACCCCAUGCUAUAAAUUCCAGAGUCACAGAGAUGUGGGCUCAGUACUGUCAUCGCCUGUGGACUUCAGCAGCGGCUCUGUUGGUGUUGUCAGGAGGAAGGUGUGUCCUGCUGGUCGGAGCUGGAGCAUGUGUUCAGUGCAGUUCAUGAAGGAGAGCUGGCAAUGGAUCUGAGCGUUUAUUCAAACCAGGCUGGGCCUGUUCACACACCUUCUCCACUCAGGUUUGAGCUUUUUUUCUCUGUGCUGGGUGUGUCCACAUGCUGACAGUGUGCUGGUUCCCCAGAGCUGACCUGAGGUCUCCCGAUGGAGGUGUCAUUGCCCACCCUGCUGCUGGUGCUGUGGCUGAAGGCUGUGCUGGACUGGGCCAUGGUUCUGAUCCAGUGGCCCCAUGUGGUGCGCAGCUUCUGUGGUUUCUUCUGCAUCUCUUUGGCUUUGAUUGACACCAUCCUGGAUGUGCUGGUCACACAGCUUUUCCUCGUGGAGGACCUGUACAUCUCAAACUUGCACUUCACCAGGUACCAUGUGUGCCUUCUGGUCCAGGCUACAGGAUUUGUCUACAGUGUCCUGCAGUGGCCUGUAUUUCUGCUUAUAGGACUUGACAUCUACAGGACACAGUCCACCGUGGAGGUCAGCUGGACCCGAAAACUCAUCUACGUCUGCGGAACAGCACUUCUUUGGAGUCUGACUAUGUUUUACGUCUUCUGGAGGGCCGAUUUCAGCCCAGUAACAGGGGACGACCCUCAACAUCUACAGUGCAUAUUGAUUGGCAGCUCCCAGAGCAGCCAGGUGGCCACAGUGGUGCUGGUAGCAGUGACUGGUCUCGUUCUCUACACAUACACCCAUAAAUACGACGAAAGGGGUCAAGAGGACCUGAGGCACUCAGUGUUCUCUUUCCUCAGCAACUGGAGCUUCUUCCUGGCCCUGCUGGUGCUCCUUCUGAUGUUCCAGGCCGAGAUCCCAGCCUACUUGGACAUGAACGUGCCCUGGCUCGACCUCCUGCACAGUUUCCACAUCUUGCUGACUCUGAACAGCUGCUCUUGUUUGCUGUGCUCUGAGAAAGAAGGGGAUUUAGAGGGCAAACGAGAGACAUGGCUGGAAAACUUCACUGAUGUGAGUGUGGCAGGUAGGGAUAUCAAGGGAAGAGAUUUUCUCCAAAAUUCUUUGCAAAAUAAAAGUGUGAUUUAAAUUGAGCCCUUUCAGCGUACAAUAAUUUAUUACAAUUUCUGUCUUUUAUGUAAUAAAAUUACAAAAAAAAAGUGUUUUAGACUUUUCCAUCAUAAGGGCACUCAAAAUAAAAUAACUUACAAUACAUAAAAAGCUAUAGGUUUCACCCAGAAUAAGGUUCUUAGUUGAAAGUGCUCAUUGUUCACAGUAAUAAUGAUUUUAAAAAAGUUUUGAGAAGAUUUUGGGUCUAAAACGUGAUACAAAAAAUACUCCCAAGUGAAAAUGUGAAUUCACAUUACUUUAUCAUCAUCAUCAUUCCAUAUAAAAGCACUGUUUUACACCAAACCUGAUUCAUGCAGAUAAAUCAAAUCAAAUCAAAUCAAAUCAAAUUUAUUUGUAUAGCGCUUUUUACAACUGGCCAAUAGAUAAUUUUUUUCUUCAACACGUUCACAGCAUGACUGUAUUUGUAGACACACAGCUCUCUGCAGCAAUUCAAAAGAAACAAUGCAAGGAUUUUAAGGAUUCCUAGGAUUUUCCUCUGCAUUACGUUUGGAUGUGUGUCUGGCUUAAGGAGGAAACGCUUACUGUCCCUUCAGACAAUGGAUGAAGAGCAGAUUAGAGUGAUUGAAUUUAAAAUAUCUGUUUUUGUUGCCUUAUAUUUCUCUGCAGAUGUGAAAGUGUUGUAAAUAAAUGUUAUUAAUCAUU